UUUAAACCAUCAUCCCCUUCUUCCCCUCUCUCUCUUAAUCUAUUGCUAGCUAAAACCCUUCACAAGCAAACAAGCCACGAUGGCCAUGAGAGCAACGACGGCGGCUUUGGCUGCGGCAGCAGCAGCUCCUCGUGGCGGAUUUUUGCGUCUGUUUUCAACAACUUCCACUUCAUCCUCCUUCCCCUUUCCUCAGACCACGCAGCAAACUCCUGCACGUGAACAGGCUGAGCCCAACACCAAUCUCUUUGUAUCUGGGCUAAGUAAAAGAACAACUUCAGAGGGACUGCGAGAGGCCUUUUCUAAAUUUGGUGAAGUGGUUCAAGCUAGAGUUGUAACUGACAGGGUCUCAGGCUAUUCUAAGGGGUUCGGUUUUGUCAAAUAUGCUACUUUAGAAGAUGCUGCUGAAGGAAUAAAAGGCAUGGAUGGACAGUUUCUGGAUGGAUGGGUUAUAUUUGCAGAGUAUGCUAGACCCAGACAACCACCUUCUGAACCUCAAAACAACACAGGCAUGGGAUUAUGGAAACAACGCUACUGAUCGCUGCUGGCAGUGACUCCUAUUGUCAAGGGAUCAAGUAUGUCAUUCUUCAAACUAGCAUGGCCAGCAAGUACCAUUUAUGAAUUCAUCACAUUAUUGUGGUUUCUCUUUCUCAGCUUGGAACGAUCAAUAUUUUUUAUAUUAACUAACUGUGAGCAGCUUGAAAUUAUAAAUUAUGUGGAUAACAAACUGUUCCAUGCGUGAGCAUGCAUAUCUAGCAAGUACAAUUUAUGAAUUAUUGACACUAUAUUCGUCCUCCAUGUGCAUCUUACAAAUCUUGGUGCUCCAUGAACUCACGUUAAAUAUAUCUGAAUGUUGCAUCA